AUGCCAGACCUCCCUCAUACAUCUAAUUGGGUGGACGGCGUGCAUGCCACUCCCACCGCCGACUGCAUUCAGGUUAUCAACCCCGCGACCGAGGCCACGAUAGGCACUGUGGACGCCACGCCGCGAGAGGCGGUCGAUGCCAUCAUCUCCGGCUCCUUGCGCUCGUUCCGCCACGGCAAAUGGUCUCAUGCAGACGCGUCCGAGAGGUUCUCUGUCCUGUCCAAGGCGGCGGUGCUGCUGCGGUCGCGGAUUCCGGAGUUUGUGGAGCUCGAGACGCAGCAGACGGGGCGGCCCAUCCGUGAGAUGCGCGCCCAGUUGGCGCGGAUUCCGGAGUGGUUGGAGUACUUUGCGUCGCUGGCUCGCGUCCACGAGGGGAGGGUCACGCCCUUCAAGGGUCCAGUCAUCAACACCGUCACGCGCUUGCCGCUGGGCGUGGUGGUGCAGAUCACGCCCUGGAACCAUCCUCUCCUGAUCGCGACCAAGAAGAUCGCCGCGGCGCUCGCGGCGGGCAACGUCGUGGUGGUGAAACCGUCCGAGCUGGCACCCUUGUCGGUCCUGAGGCUCGGGGCGUUGUUCCAGGAGGCCGGCUUGCCAGAUGGGACGUUGCAGAUCGUGUGUGGCCACGGCCGAGACACGGGCAAGUUCCUGUGCGAGAACCCCUUGGUGGCCAAGAUCGAUUUGACCGGCGGCAUCGCCACGUACAGGGCCAUCGCGUCCAGGGCUGGAGAAAACAUGAUCCCCAUCACGGCGGAGCUCGGCGGGAAGGCCCCGGUAUGUCUUCUCCCAAGUGUAGACGUCCAACACGCCGUCAGAGCCGCCCUUUUCGCCAGUUUCAUCGCAAGCGGCCAGACAUGCGUGACCGGAAGUCGUCUGCUGGUGCACAAGGGUAUCUAUGAUCGGUUUGCCGAGUUGUUGGGGAGGAGAGUCAAAGCCCUACGAAUAGGUGAUCCACAGGAUCCACAGACACAGACUGGUGCCGUCAUCUCGAAAGCCGCUCAAGCGAGAUGCGCCGCUUUCGUGGACCGUGCCGUCAAGGAAGGCGGCAAGAUCCUCUGCGGCGGGAACGCGACUGCAGUUGCAGGGAAGGGCUUCUUCUUCGAGCCCACAGUCAUCGAAACGCACCAUGGCUCCGACUUGUCCUGCAACGAGGUCUUCGGUCCAGUCAUUGCGCUCGUCAAAUGUGAGUCUGAGGAGGACAUCAUUCGCAUUGCCAACGACAGUCCCUUUGCAUUGGGUGCGUCGGUCUGGACCAACGACAUCUCCCAGGCACAUCGGAUGGCGGAAAAGAUCGAGGCCGGUAUCGUCUGGAUCAACGGGCAUCACUUGAACGACCCUUCGUCGCCCUGGGGAGGAUUCAAGGAGAGCGGCAUGGGGAAGGAGAAUGGCGUGGAUGCCUAUGAGAGCUAUACGAAGGUCAAGAGCACCGUGAUCAACUAUGGCAUUCCUCCUGCGUGGUUCGACGAAGAGGUCGAGAAUGCACGGUAUGGGUGA